AUGGCAGGUUACAGGACUCAACAAUGGAGGUUAUUGAAGAAUGAAAUGAAUGAAUUAUGGGGUGCGGAUACUCAACCUUUGUAUACAGAUGAGGACUUGUAUAAAUUAUGUGAUGAUUUGGCUAAAGCUGGAGACCAUGUUAAUUCAUUUGGAGACUUCAGGUCAGAUUGA